UCCACCAUCAUCGAGAUUUCCCCUAGCAGUCUUUUAGGCCACCAUCUACCCCCUACCCCAAUCAAUCCUCUACCUGAACGGUGCGUAGUACUGCAAGGUACAGAAUGUCUAGCUAAUGAAAUAUCCAGGAUGGCGGAAAAAAGCUGAUACAUAGCACGUACUUGAGACAGGCAAAGCUCUAAGAUGGUAGGCCAACUGUGCAAAUUGUCGCCAGUGGGUCCCAACACAAGGACCGCACUAUUUCCUGUUAGCGUGCCUCUUAGUUGAACACGUCAUAUGCUGCAGAUUGAUUGCAACCGGUUCCCGUCUGCCCUGGCGUCUCCGUACAGCUGGAGUCGACUCGUGUCAUUUGCAUACGACGAUCGGUAUUUUACAGGAGCUGAGAGGCCUUGCACCAAACUGAUGGCUGAAUGUAGCGCAGGCCAAACGCUAGACGACUGCGAAAAGCAGCGAUGUGACCACGCCAGUACCGGCAAUAACUCGGACAGAUCAUUAAGGGCUCGACUCAUAGCAUUGUAAUAUAUCACCCGAUUAGGCUGACUGCUUCAUUUGAAAGGAAACAAAGCGAGCGUGAUCAUUACGGCAUGUUUACGAAUCUUCAUAGCGAUGGGAACUUCACCUGUACGAUCUAGGCCAGGCCUCGACUAAGUGAGCUUUAAAUCGAUCGAAAUUGCAAGCGUAACUAGUAACGUUCCAGCGGAUUCUACUAGUGGCGGAACUAACGGCCGCUCCUGCAGACUAUUAAACGGCAUUUCAUUCGAAAACGCAACGUCGCUCCAUCAGAAGCUAAUCUAUAGUUGGUUAUUGUGAUAUUAUCCUUGCUUCAAAAUGUGCGCGCCACUGGUUUUCGUAGCGGUGGCCGUCAAAGUUCUGGCUCUCGCUGCAGGUGCAAUGGAUGAAGAAGGAGUGAUCCAGUGGUUUCUUGACCUUGGGACCUCACUCGGAAUAUCACAAGAUGGUACAACAAAGGAGCCUGAUAAUAAGACAAAACUGCCAACUGUUGAGGAACUUGAUGAGAUGGUGUCGAAGUUGAAACCUGACAUAAUGCAAGCGGUCAUGUGCGAUGAUGAUCUUGCAAAGGUGGAGACCAUGAUCACUAAGCUACAUGAAGCCGCUAGCAUCUAUCUGAAGAGCCAGCAAGGCUAAAAUUUAAAGUUUUUUCAGUCCUUCGCUAUUCUAACACAACACUAUGUACCAAAGAGUGACAGUGACCACUUAUAAACAUUUGAAAUAAUUCACAACGAUAAAUAUGUACAGGGAUGUUUUUUCCUUGUUUGUUUUAAAUACGCUUGACCUUACAGUGUGGGAUAGGUAAGAAAAAUAUAGGCUUGUAUACUGAGUUCUGAAAAGAGCACAUAGAGCUGAAGCACUUUCAGAGACUCUGAUAUCACAGUCUUAAAUAAAAGCUUGGC